UUAAUAAAAAAAUCAUUGUCUUAGGCAGUGAAAUUUUAUGCUUUGUUAAAACGAGUCAUAAUUUUUUUUUUGUCGACAUUAAACGAUUUAAAAAUUAAUAAAAAUUAAUAAAAUGUCGGAAAUUCAAACAUUUUUCGAAGGUCACAAUUUAUUUAUUACAGGUGGAACGGGGUUUAUUGGCAAAAUUUUAGUGGAAAAAGUUUUACGAGGUCUGCCGAAAGUUGGUAAAGUAUAUCUCUUGAUGAGAGGAAAGAAAGGGAAAGAUAUUCAGGAUAGAUUUGAUGAAUACUUUAAUUCAGAUUUGUUUAAUUCUGUGAGAGAGACGGAUCCUUCUGCAUUUAAAAAAGUAAUACCUGUAAAUGGAGAUGUGACAAAACCAUGUUUGGGUUUAUCGGACCCGGAUCGUAAGAAACUUAUAAAUGAGGUGACACUUGUAAUUCACUCGGCUGCUACUACAAAAUUUGAUGAACCUUUAGAUGUUGCAGUCUCUAUAAAUGUUGACGCUGUUGUAGAGAUAAUUAAAUUUUGCCGAGAAUUAAAGAAACUAAAAGUUGCAGUGCACGUAUCUACGGCAUUUAUUCGAAUGAAUCUCAAAUGCAUAGAAGAGAAAGUUUAUCCGAUACCAAUGAGUCAUGAGGAAGUGAAAAAUACAAUUGAUAUAAUAAAACGUCGGAAUUUAUCCGAAAAAGAUGAAGAAGAAUUUACAAAAAUACUAUUAGGAGAAUAUCCAAAUACUUACGUUUUUACGAAAUCAAUCGCUGAGGGAAUAGUAAAAGAAAAAGCAAGUGACCUUCCAUUUCUUAUCUUCAGAUUUCCUAUAGCAUUGGGAACGUAUAAAGAACCAUUCACAGGAUGGGUGGACAUCGUUCAAGGGAUUAAUCAAGGGGUCAUUUGGUUAGGAAUGGGACUUGUACGCAUACUUUUGGUUCCUAAUAGAAAAGAUCAUCUUUACAUUGUACCAGCAGAUUUUGUCUGCAAUGCCCUUAUUGCUUCUAUUUGGGACUUUGACAAAAAUUUAAAAAGAAUUUCUGCAACAACUACUGAUACUAAUUGUUUACCAGUGUACAAUUAUGUAAAUGGAGAUAAAAAUCCCCUUACUAAAGAUAUAUUUGAAUCUGUUGCUCGUGGUCGUGGUCGUCGAUUUAUGCCAAGCACUGCAGUUUAUUUUCCCGAUGCAACUGUUGUUAAAUCGAAGAGAACGUUUGAUAUUUUAAAUAUCUUCUUUCAUUUACUGCCAGCAUUAAUUGGUGAUUUUAUUUUAAAGAUUUUGGGAAAGAAGCCCAAACUUUACAAAUUUUACCAAAAAGGAUUUAAACUUUUAAAAGCCGGUGAAUUUUUUAUGGAAACAAAAUGGUCGUUUGAGAAUAAAAAUAUUGAGACAUUAUGGGAGAAACUUUCAGAGGAUGAUAAGAGAUUGUUUCAAUUUGAUAUGAGAGAUGUAGAUUGGCAUAAUGCACUUAUUGAGGUUUGGAAGGGUGUUUUGAAAUAUAUUGUUAAGGAUGAAACUAAUCCUCAAAAGGAGAGAGAAACACUUCGUAGAUAUUACAAAUUACUUGUUAUACAUCGAACUCUUCAAACGAUUUUUUUUACAUUUAUAAUUUGGUUCAUUUGGAAAGUAUUUUGUGGACGCAGCUUUUUUUCAUAAAAAAUACGUAAAGUAACGUUACAAACGAAAUAUUAAUUUUAUUACUGUCAUUAAAUGUGAUAUUUUUUACUGUCUACUGAUUAUUAAUAUUUAUGUAUUAUUCAACAUAUUAUUAUUCUUUAAAAAAAAUCAUUAUAACUUUU